AUGAGUAUAUUUGGAGCCAUCUGUCUGGGACGACCAAUGAUACUUGCUGAGCAAGUUGAUCAAACCAAGUUUGUCAUCAAUAUUCCCAAUGCCUCCAACAUUUCGUACAUUACCAUCUUCAUUCUUCCCAAUUCCCCCUUCGUGGAUAGCAAUUUCACUGCGUUGAUCUACUUCCAAUUACCUCGGGAUGGGGGCCCUGGUGCUACUACAGCAAAUGAAGCACCAGAAUUCAAAUUGCUUGGAGGAAUCAAUCCUAAUAAACCAUCGGCAAUCUACAAAAUCAGCAACAUUCACCCCACUACUAAACGAGCAGAUGACGGAAUGGACAUGGAUAUGGGAGGAGGAGAGCCCAUUGACUUGUCUGAUUCAGUAAGCAUCAACAUUGGAAUAUCAAUUGAACCAACACCACAGGCAGAACAAACAAUUCUACAGUCAAAGCAGAAUAACAAUAUUAAUAGCAAUAACGCCCUAGUUGCAACCUCCAAUCAACAACAACAACCAGCUGUGAACACUCCGGAUAGUACAGCCAAAUUGGCAAAUAAAAUAGUAGGACAUGCCUACAAUUACUUGGCUAGCUUUAUUGAUCCACAGGGCAAAGUACCCAUUAAAGCAUUUGACAAUUGGUGGGACAAGUUUAAAACUAAGUUGCAAAACAAUCCAAACUUCUUAAAUGAGAUCCAGGAUUGA